AUGGAGGAAGAGUUCGUGGCCAACCAAGAGAGACUCAAACCCCAGGAGGAGAAGAACGAGGAGGACCGAUCUAUGGUCGACGAUCUCCGUGGGUCCCCCAUAAGCGUCGGAAAUCUCGAAGAGCUCAUCGAUGAGAACCAUGCCAUCUUGAGUUCGUUGGUGGGGCCUGAGUACUACGUUCGGAUUCUUUCGUUCAUCGAUAAGGAUCAGCUCGAGCCUGGCUGCGCUAUUCUUAUGCACAAUAAGGUCCUUUCUGUGGUUGGGCUUCUUCAAGAUGAGGUUGAUCCCAUGGUGUCUGAGAAGGCUCCACUGGAGUCAUAUGCUGACAUAGGUGGGUUCGAUGCCCAGAUUCAGGAAAUUAAAGAAGCAGUGGAGCUUCCUCUUACUCAUCCUGAACUGUAUGAAGACAUUGGUAUUAAACCCCCCAAAGGAGUCAUACUAUAUGGGGAACCUGGCACAGGAAAAACCUUGCCUGCCAAGGUAGUGGCAAACUCAACGUCAGCUACUUUCUUGAUCGUGGUCGGAAGUGAAUUAAUCCAGAAAUACUUGGGUGAUGGGCCUAAAUUAGUCAGGGAACUCUUUCAAGUUGCAGAUGAUCUUUCACCAUCAAUUGUCAUAAUUGAUGAGAUUGAUGCAGUUGGCACAAAAAGGUAUGAUGCACAUUUAGGUGGUGAACGUGGAAUCCAGAGGACAAUGUUGGAAUUGCUGAACCAGUUAGAUGGUUUUGAUUCAAGAGGAGAUGUCAAAAUACACACAUCAAGAAUGACAUUGGCAGAUGAUGUCAACUUAGAAGAGUUUGUGAUGACUAAAGUUGAAUUUUCUGGGGCUGAUAUCAAAGCAAUUUGUACCGAGGCUGGCUUGCUUGCAUUAAGAGAGCGCCGUAUGAAGGUGACACAUGCAGACUUCAAGAAAGCCAAGGAAAAAGUGAUGUACAAGAAGAAAGAAGGGGUGCCAGAAGGGCUCUAUAUGUUGAAGGUGGCCUGUUCCACUGGCCGGAAAAUACAUGUGCAUCUUCUUUGUUGUUUUUAG